ACCAUUGAUAAUAAAUUACUUGUAAGUAUUUUAACGUUUAGUACAGAAAAUAGUGCAUCGUCAGAAUCUCAAAUUUUGAUACCAAAUUCCUAUGACAGAAGUUUUAAUGAUAUUGUGCCAACUACUUCAUAUCAAGGAGAAGAAUUAACUGGUUCAGUGCAUCAACAAUCAAUUUCCAGUGAUUCUACAAACUUAUUCCAGGAUUUAACUCAAGUCAUAUCAAAAACUUACAAGAGUGAGUUAAUUCAAUCAGGUGUAAAUAUUUAUUCAAGUUAUACAAAUAUAGAAUCUACUUUUUCAAAACAUUCUUUGAAUCCGGUCCCAAGUUUUUCUACUUCAAAUAGUGAUUUUACAUCAAGUACAUUAUUGGCCAGCAGCUUCCUGAUUUUAAAUAGCUCCCAAAUGUCACAAAAUUCCCAAUUAUCUGAAGUGUCACAAUUUAUACCUAUUUCAACAUACUCAUCACAACAUGAUAAAUCAGAUGAACCCAGCCUUACAAUGUUUAUCCCUAACCGUGAUCAAUCAGCAUCUUCAACAAAGUCUUUUAUCGAUGUUAACCCAACAACAGUUUUAUCCACCACAGAUAGGAUUACCUCAUCUACCGUCCUUAGAUCUCAAUUAAUUCCAGCCAAUGUAAAUAUCCAGCAAACAUCUUCUAGUCAAAUGUCUGACUUAUCUUUCAUUCCACAAUCCUUUUACACAUCUUUACUGGUGACAACUCAACCAACUCACCCAGAAACUGCCAGCACAAACAUUCAGUCUAGAGCAGCCUUCAACCAAUCGGAUCAAUUAAUUGUACCUACCAAAUCUUCAAAUGAAUAUGCAAGUGAGUUUGUAUCAAUGUAUGAAAUUGAAAGGUCAAGGAUUAUUAUCAGUAGAACCAUAGCAAAUUUAGUUACAUCUGUUUCUACAAUGUCAACUAAUACAAUAUUUAGCAGCGUUAUGGUUUCUGAGAGUAUUUUACCAAGCAUGGCAUCCAUCAUAGUACAUUCUUUAAGUGGAACAUUUGUUGUUGAGUUUACAUCUUAUCAGAUUGAUACUUCUACUUCCACACUGUCAGGCAAGGCUACUACCAACUUUAUACAUGAUGUCAGCAGUACUUCAAAAUUAACUGCUUAUAACUCUGUGAUAUAUUUGGAAUAUUCCACAACCCAGGAAACAUAUCAAUCAACAAUGCAGAUCUCAGAUAUCUUAGUAUCGAAUGAUCUCAGCAACAGUAACUUUAUCUCAACGGCAAAGUCUCCAAGCAUGUAUUUGCCUUCAUGGUCUGCAAGAUACUUUGUUACAUUGUCCAAUUCUCUGGAUUCUAAUAUGAUUGUCACUUCAGUAUCUUCAAUCAGAGAAGUAACAGCACAGAGUAUUAGUCCAUCAAGCAAUGGCAAUGUUUUAACUAUGACCAUAUCAUCAUCAUCAGAUAAUGCAGCAAUUCUAACAAAUGGAAACUUUCAAUCAAGUACAUAUGUUUUAAGUACCCCUUCUUUGACUGAUUCAGAUUAUGAAAUAAAAACAUCAUCAACCUUUACUACUAGUAACCAACUCAGUAAGACUUUUAAUAUUCUAAUGUCCAUAUACAUGACAUUACAGUCAACAAGUGAUGGGGAAAAUGAUAGUGGAUUAGCAAGUGUGAUCCAGACUAAUGUUGAUCAGACUCCUGCUCCAACACAUAACAACUUAUUUACCAGUUUUCAGAUGGCCACUUUUUCCAAUACAGACUUCUUACCCAGUAGCUUUUUACCAAGCACUUCAACAGCAUACACUGAAUUAGUAACAAUGCCUAGAGCAACUUACAGUGAAUUAUUUACUUCAACAAAACUCAGUUUAUCUUUGGCUUCAGAAAGUUACAAUGAAUUGGAUACAAUGCCAGCAGUAUCAAAUAUUUUAUCAUUGACAUUACCAACUUACAUUGAAACAUCUAGUGAUAUGGUAACAUUAGCAGCAACUUUCAGUGAUAUAAUUAGUGAUAUGGUAACAUUACCAACAACUUCCAGUGAAACAAAUAGUGAUAUGGUAAUAUUACAAACAAUGAGUGAUAUGGUAACAUUACCAACAACUUUCAGUGAAAUAAAUAGUUAUAUGGUAACAUUACCAACAACUUUCAGUGAAAUAAAUAGUUAUAUGGUAACAUUACAAACAACUUACAGUGAAACAACUAGUGAUCUCACAAUAUUACCAACAACUUUCAUUGAAACAAAUAGUGAUAUGGUAACAUUACAAACAACUUACAGUGAAACAAUUAGUGAUAUGGUAACAUUGCCAGCAACUUUCAGUAAAACAAAUAGUGAUAUGGUAACAUUACAAACAAUGAGUGAUAUGGUAACAUUACCAAUAACUUUCAGUAAAACAAAUAGUGAUAUGGUAAUAUUACAAACAACUUACAGUGAAACAACUAGUGAUAUGGUAACAUUGCUAACAACUUACAGUGAAGUGGUCGCAUCAUCCACCAGUGACUUUGAUAACUCAACAAGAAUACUUUUUUUACCAAGUGUUAUUACAACGUCGGUGCCAAGCAUGAUUAGUGAAAUGAAUCCAUCCAUAUUAAGUGUUCAACCCUAUUCAAGUGAAUUACUUACAAAUUUUGACAUUACUAGUAAUAUAUACCCAUCUAGUGAUAUAAUUAGUACUACUAAUUUCAGUCAGUUAAAUACUCCAACUGUUAGUGAAUUAGUUACACAUACACUUAGUGAACACCUUUCAAAUUCUAGUGAUUUUCAUGUACAUACAGCUACAGUUAGUGACACUUUCUCCAGUGAAUCAUUAUUACCUACUCACAGUGAAUUACUUAGUAGUGAGUUAUCACUAAAUUUUAGCAGCACCCACAUAAGUGUUGUAACAGCAGCAUUAAGCAGCUAUCCAGAUUCACCAUCAGUACAGACUGGUUCUGAACUGAUAAUAUCACAAACGUUAUCUUCAUUUUCACCUUCAUCAUCAGGGACUAGUUUUUUAGAUUUGACAGUAUCAACUAAUACAGAAACAACCUAUCGAUUUCUGCAGUCAUCACUUUAUGAAUCAAGAUCAACGUCAGUGGAUUCAACAUCAUCAUUAUCAGUACCAGUACCAACAUCAGAUAUGGUAUUAAUGUCAUCCAAAAUGAUAUUGACUUCAUCGGACUCGAUUACUCUAUCAAAUGAGAAGUCCACAGCAAUAUUGAUAGUAACUACAUCAUCAGUUGAUUCACCCACAACUAAAAUAGAAACAGUAACACAAGAUUUCAUAUCAAUAGAGAUGACACCAUCAUUAUCACAAGACUCAACAAUAGCCGUUUUUCCAUUAAUUUCAUCAUCUGCAGAUGAUGCAUCAAUUAAGUUAUCAUUGGAAGCGUCAAUACCCACCUUAUCAACAGUACCAUCUGUAGUAUCAAUUGUUUCAUCAUUGGACAUUGUUGCAACUAGUUCUACGAUGGAAGAUUUACUGUCAACCUUAUCAACAGCAUCACCAAUACAACCAACAGUAAUUUCAAGACCAGUAUCACAUGUAGUAUCAACAUCAGUAUCACAUGUAGUAUCAACAAUAGUAGUAGUAUCUUCAGUAAUAUCAACAGUACCAUUACCUGUGAUGCCUUCAGGAACCGAAUCACAAUCAUCAAUUGAAUUAUUGACAGAAUCACCAGUAGGUUUAACAACCAACUUGCUACCAGUAAACAUAUCAUCAGUAAACAUGAACAGUCCAGUAGAAUCAUCUAGUAGUUUGAUCGGUUUAAGUUCUGAUUUCAUCCAGUCUAGUUCUCUUUUUAUAGAAACACUGACAGAUGUAUUUGAUUCUACAACCACUGUACAGUUGUCCACAACAGAUAACUUUUAUUCUGUUACUUCUCUACACCCAUCCACAUCAGAGGUCAUAAUUUCAUCUACCAUACCACUACCAACAUCCACAGAAAGUCUGCACAAUAAUACAGAGGGUCUCAACACCAGUACUGCACUAACAUCAUAUUGGAUCAGAACAGUUUUAAAGAUUAGAAGUAGUGUAAAUAUUAGUACAGAUGAGUUUAAAGAUGAUAUGGAAAUCAAUCUUUUAAAUGCCUACAUUGAAGCAUAUAAAAGACAAGAAGAAAUAGAUAAUGGUGUUUAUGAGCCACUAUUAAGAAAGAAACGCAUGGCAACAUCGGACACUGGUGAUCUAAAACUUCAAAUAUUGAACAUUUCUCGAAUUCCUGACAACAGUGACAUAGAUGUAGUUUACAUCUUACAACAUAAUGGAGAAUAUGUUCCUGCAAGUGUGGCAUCAGAUAGACUUAAUUUAUUCAGUGAACAAGAACUGGCUUUACGACUAGGACAUGUGGUUAGUCAAAUUGCCAAGCCUUAUAAUGCACCAGUUGUAUCACCAGUUACAGAAGAUAAAAAGUUGUGGAUUAUUGGAGCAGUAUUAGGUCCUAUAGCUUUUAUUUUUCUAAUCUGGAUUGUAUUGUGCUGUGUGUUCCGAUGCUGUAAGAAACCAGCACAUGAGGAGAAUAAACAGCAAAAUUUUAGUGAACCACAUUUAGUCAUGGUGAAAAGAGCUGAUGGCCAGGGUGAGAGAGAAGAGUUAGACAUCCAAGUAAUACAUAAUCAAGCGGAGUAUGUUGAGGAACCUGUAGAAAAGAAUUCUGGUCCAGCUAUAUUAUCUAAUACUAAACGAGGUUUAUAUAAAGUUAAUCCUAAUCCUAAUCAAAAUGUACCACAAACAGAUUAUAAACCUUCACCUAGAAAAAAAAUUCCUAUCAAAAAAGGUUCCAUAUCAAAAGAUGAUAUUUAUGUGUUAACUGAAGGCGGAGAUACUGCAACCUAUGUAUCUGAAGGAGAUCUUACCACUAGUUCCAAACCUAAACCGAAAACUAGAAAAUCUAAACACAUUAAAGAUGCUACAAGAACCACAGAUAAUUACACUGGUGAAGAGAGUAUGACAGAAUUAGAGGGUAUGGAAGCUAGAUAUCAAAUGCAACCAACACAACAUGAAUUGUUGGAUGAAGAGUUAUUGCAGAAAGCGGAAAUAGAAAGAAGAAGAAAUAAACAACGAUUGAGGGAACUACGCAAAACAGAUGGCCAAAGCAGUAAUAGACCCAGUAAUAAGGAUAUAGAAGAAUCAGAUGAUGUACCAAAUGAAAAACACUUACCUGAUGUAUUUGUACAAAAACCAAGAAAAAGACCAAGCAAACCAAAAAGAAGUAAAACAAUAUCAAAUAAAAAUGAUGGUUAUAGUGAUGAUGAAAACGAAGAGGUUGAGAAAGCACCAGAAUCUUUACAUGAAGCCAGAAAACGAAUGCAUCAACUUUUAGAUGAUGCUUUCUCUUUAUUAUCUUCUAGUACCAGUAGUGUUGGAUCAUUAUCAUCUAAAUCAUCCCAUUCUAGAAUACCAAGAAAUAAAGUGAACCCUCUCCAAGAUGAUAAAAACUUUAAACCACAAACCAGGCCUAGAAGUAAAAAGCCCAUCCCAGAAAAUGUUGUAGAAGAGAAAAAACAUACUCCUAUGUAUUUGAAUCAUGCCUUUACAAGUUAUGAAAAUUUUCCAAAUAAUGGCAUUGAGACAUGGAGUCCUUAUAGAGCUGGUGAUGACAUUACCCGUAUUUCACUUCCCCAGUCACAGGUUAUCAAGGACAGGACACCAAGACAGGAGAAACUGAAUACAUCUACCUUUAGUGAGAAUUUACAAACUGGUUUACGUGAUAAUUAUUAUACAACUGAACCAGCCAAGCCUAUUGUCAUCAAAACAAAAGGUUUAGACAAUAAUGGUACUAAGCAAAAUGGAAUCUCUCACAGAGGGUCUGCCAUGCCCAAUGAAAGUUAUUCGUAUCCUGGAAUACAAAACUUUGAAGAUAUUCCAACAACACACUUGACUUCGUACGGAAAUGUGAACAGUUUUACUGAUGAAAAUAAUAUUGAAAUGGAAAUGUUAACCAGUAACCAUGGUAACGGACAUGCAGGUAAAUUUAAACACCGGCCACAUCAAGCAUGGCACGGGGAGGAUGAAAUGGAUGUUAUUAAAAAGAGCAUUCAGCCAGGUGUGUCUCCAAGCCUGUUAAUAGACAGUAUACGAGAUGAAUUAAAUCAUUUAUCAAAACAUACAGACAGUAAAAAAUGGAAUAAUGUAUCCAACGGUGAUAUAAAUGUAUAAUGGUAUACUUCAAUGCUAAAGUGUUUAUAAUUAUUAUCAUUUGUUAAUGUUCCCUUUAAAAUUAUUAUAUUAAUCGAUACAGAAAGAUAACCUGAUGAGUAGAGGUUUAUCUCCCUUGCCUUAAAAUUGAAAAUCGCUCUCCUUAUUUGUAAAUCUUGGACAUAUGUAUUUUUUUUAAAAGAGUGAAAGAUUCACAUUUCGAUCGUCGCCAUGCUGUCAUUGUGAACAUUUCUUUUGGUGUAUUUGAUUAGUGCAGUGGUUCUCAACCUUUUUUUGCCAACGGCACACCCUGGAACACAUGAAAUAAAUAUACAUGAAAAAAAUUUGAAUUUUACAAAAUAAAAACAUGGUAAGUCAGACGGCAUACAACCAUAGACAGAAACUAGUCAUAGACACAUAGAAUGACUAAAACUAAAUAAAGAAAAACACCAGUGAAUACGCAAUUUAAAUUAUGUGAUUUUUCGCAUUUCUUUAGUGUGCCAUUUAAAUUUCGCGGCAUGCUUAGGAAGAUCUCGUGGCACACUGGUUGAGAAUCACUGGAUUAGUGUAUAAUGUGAUCACACAUGGUAAUAAAAUUCUGAUGGAUGGCGCCUAUGAAAUGUAAAGUAGAACUCUUGCGAGACAUAAGAAAUUAAGAGAGAUGGCACAUGAAAAUUUCCAAUGAGAAUAAUUCUGGAAGAAAUAGAUUAUAUUUUGAUGGAAUUUUCCAGUGUUUAUGAUUUUAUUUUGAAUAGGGGUUAUGUUUUUAAACAAAAUUUAUACAAGCUAUAUAUAUUUAGAAAUGUCGACAAGUAAGUCUAUUGGAAUACCGUAAGUAGUUUUAGACAAUAGCAAAGGUUUGACUUGACCACACAAGUACUAUUAUUUAGCAGACGAUGUUUAAGGGAAUGAACCCUUACACGCAGUUAUUGAUCUUUAGAACUAUUUCCCAUACAUACAAAUAAUCACUGUCCUUAAUAUCAUAUCACUCUCCUUAAUUUCAAAAUCACUCUUCUUAUCGAAACUGGGAGAGCUUUUUUAGGGGAGCAAUUUGUUCAUUAAGGGGAGCUUUUUUCGGCUCUCUUCUAAAAUACAAAAAAAAAAAAAAAACUGAAUGUUAAAAUGGGUUUGUCUGUUUGUCUGUCUCACUUUUUGGGAUAAUACUUCUAAUUCAGAUAGAAUGUUCAGACUUGUUCUGGCUAAUAAAUGUAGUCAUAAAUGUAGUCAUAAAUUGCUUGUGGACAUCCUACAAGCUAAAGUUAUUAUCUGAUUGACUUUAAACGUAUACAUAGGGCUAUGGUCAUGAUAUGAAGAAUCCUAUUGGUUUUUUUACGCCCACAUUUUCAUGUGGACGUAUAUUGUCGUCACCCCUGUCCGGACGUCUGUCCACAAUUGUUUGUGAACAGUCUACAGGUCACAAUUUUUAUCCGAUUUCAAUGAAACUUGAAAUAUAGGUUUAUUACCCAAAGAUCUUGGUUCCUUUCGAUAUUGGUAUGUAUCGGACUGUAACUUCAUGGAUUAUGGCCCCUGAUUGUACUAAAAAUCACGUUUUAGCUUGUGAACACUGUACAGGUCACAAUUUUUAUAUGAUUUGGUUUAAACUUGAAAUGUAUGCUUAUAACCCAAAGAUCUUGGUUCCUUUCGAUAUUCAUGCAUAUCGGAACGUAACUUCCUGAAUUAUGGCCCCUGAUUGUACAAAAAAUCGCGUUUUUAGCUUGUGGACCCUAUAGAGGUAAUAUUUUUUAUCUGAUUUAAAAAACUGUAUUAUUAUAUCACCAUUACACCCUAAGGACAACUGAGUUCGAAUUUCGUGAAAAUCGGCCCAAAACUGACAGACAAAAUGGCUGCCCUUCAUUCUCAAAUAGCGUAAAAAUAUGGUAUAUCAAGGUUGUGGACCCUAUAGAGGUCACAAUUUUUAUCCGAUUUUGUUGAAACUUGAAAUGUAAGUUUAUAAACCAAAGAUAUCGGUCCCUUUCGAUAUUCACGCAUAUCGGACUGAAAUUUCAUGAAUUAUGGCCCCUGAUUGUACGAAAAAUCGCAUUUUUAACUUGUGGACCCUAUAGAGAUCAUAAUUUUUAUCCGAUUUAAAAAACGUAUUAUUAUAUCACCGAUAAACCCUAAGGACGGCGGAGUUCGAAUUUCGUGAAAAUCGGCCCAAAACUGACAGACAAAAUGGCCGCCGUUUGUUCUCAAAUAGCGUAAAAAUAGGGUAUAUCAAGGUUGUGGACCCUAUAAUAGAGGUCACAAUUUUUAUCCGAUUUAAAAAAUCGUAUUAUUAUAUCACCGUUACACCCUAAGGACAACUGAGUUCGAACUUCCUGAAUUAUGGCCCCUGAUGGUACGAAAAAUCACGUUUUUAGUUUGUGGACCCUAUAGAGGUCAUAAUUUUUAUCCGAUUUAAAAAAUCGUAUUAUUAUAUCACCGUUACACCCAUAAGGACGACUGAGUUCGAACUUCCUGAAUUAUGGCCCCUGUUUGUACAAAAAAUUGCGUUUUUAGCUUGUGGACCCUAUAGAGAUCAUAAUUUUUAUCCGAUUUAAAAAAACGUAUUAUUAUAUCACCGUUACACCCUAAGGACGACCGAGUUAGAAUUUAGUGAAAAUCGGCCUAAAACUGACAGACAAAAUGGCCGCCCUUCAUUCUCAAAUACCGUAAAAAUAUGGUAUAUCAAGGUUGUGGACCCUCUAGAGGCCACAAUUUUCUUCUGAUUUUGAUGAAACUUGAAAUGUCAGUUUAUAACCCAAAGAUCUUGAUUCCUUCCGAUAUUCGCGCAUAUCGGACCAUAACUUUCUGAAUUAUGGCCCCUGAUUGUACGAAAAAUCACGUUUUUAGCUUAUGGACCCUGUAGAGGUCAUAAUUUUUAUACGCCCACAUUGAAAUGUGGUCGUAUAUUGUCGUCGCCCCCGUCCGUCCGUCGGUCCGGCGUCCACAAGCUCUAGAGGCUAAAGUUAAUAUCCGAUUGACUUUAAAUUUAUAUACAGUGUUUAAGGCCAUGAGACGAAGAAGCCUAUUGAUUUUCAGCGAUUUCCGAUAAUUACUGCCAGAGUUAUGCCCCUUGAUCACUUCAAAAAAUCUUGUGGACGCUCUAGAGGCCAAAGUUAAUAUCCGAUUGACUUUAAAUUUAUGCACAGUGUUUAAGGUCAUGAGACGAAGAAGCCUAUUGAUUUUCGGCGAUUUCCGAUAAUUACUGCCAGAGUUAUGGCCCUUGAUCACUUCAAAAAAUCUUGUGGACACUCUAGAGGCCAAAGUUAAUAUCCGAUUGACUUUAAAUUUAUCCACAGUGUUUAAGGUCAUGAGACGAAGAAGCCUAUUGAUUUUCGGCGAUUUCCGAUAAUUACUGCCAGAGUUAUGGCCCUUGUUCACUUCAAAAAAUUUUGUGGACGCUCUAGAGGCCAAAGUUAAUAUCUGAUUGACUAUAAAUUUAUACACAGUGUUUAAGGUCAUGAGACGAAUAAUCCUAUUGAUUUUCAAAGAUUUCUGAUAAUUACUGCCAAAGUUAUGGCCCUUGAUCACUUUGAAAAAUCUUGUGGACGCUCUAGAGGCCAAAGUUAAUAUCCGAUUGACUUCAGAUUGAUACACAGAGUUUAAGAUCUUGAGACGAACAAGUAUAUUGAUUUUCAAUGAAUUUUUAUGACUUGGAACAGCUAAAUCCAUGAUACAGUAUUAAAAGUUUUGUAUACAAAACGUUAGCAUUGGGCAGAACUUUAUAAAAACCAAACAAAUUCUAAUGGUUUUCUGAGUUGUUGCUCUUAAUCAGAUUUUAGUGUAUUAUAAAUGUUUCAUUACCGAAAAAAGUAAAAAUAUGCGACAACUCUUGUUGACUGCCCGGACGAUUUAGCUGCUGUGGGCGUAUGUUUCGUUGCCUGGCAACCUAUCUUUAUCCGAUUUAAAAAAACGUUUUAGUAUAUCACCAUUACACCCUAAGGAUGAUGGCGUUUGAAUUUCGUGAAAAUCGGACCAAACCUGACAGACAACAUGGCCGGCCCUCGUUCGCAAAUGGCGUAAAAAUUUGGUAUAUCAAGGUUGUGGACCCUCUAGAGGGCUCAAUUUUCUUCUGAUUUUGAUGAACCUUGAAAUGUAAGUUUAUAACCCAAAGAUCAUUAUUCCUUUCAUUAUUCGUGCAUAUCGGAUAGUGACUUUCAGAAUUAUGUUUUUAGCUUGAUUGUUCGAAAAAUCGCAUUUUUAGCUUGCGGAGUCUCUAGAGGUCACAAUUUUUUUUCCGAUUUUAUAAACCGUUUAAAUAUUUCACCAUUCCACCGUAAUGAAGGUUGAAUUCGAAUUUCGGACAAAUCGAAAUGAAACUGCCCGACAAAAUGGCCGCUCUUUGUACACAAAUUGUGUAAAAGUAUGCAAUACGAAGGUUGUGGACCCCUGAUUGUACAAAAAAUCCUGGUUCUUUUUAGCUUGUUCUGUAUCCAUCUCUUGCAAAAUGUGGGCGUAUCCUGCCUGGCAGCCGCUGGUUUAAAAAGAAUAUUGAAUUUCAGCAAUAUUAUAAGAUCUAAAGAUUUUGCCUUAUGGACUGCUUGGACGACUGUGGAUGUAUUUUUUGUUGCCUUAAAUUUUGUUACGAAAUGUAAUUGUAUAUUGUCGUCACCCGUUCGUGCGGAAUUGUGGGUGCUCUAGAGCCUACAGGUAUAUCACCCAGAUCCUAUUUCGUUUCAUUUUUUAUAGUUCCAAAUUUUGUUUUACUACACUAGGAUCUGGAAGAGUUGUUAUAUUACUGGCGCUCUGGUUGAAGUGAGGGAUUAGCCAAUGAAACGAUCUGCUUCGGCGAGUUCUUGGCGUGCGAAGCACACUACACAUGUAGUGUAGGCCUUCGAUAGUAUAAAAAAACAAAACGAAAUAUAGAUCUGUAUUUUAAUCAGAUUGGGUAUCACCAGAAUGACUUUAAAUUGAUGCACAUUGUAUACAUGUAUGUCCAUAGAUAUUCAACAAUUUCCAAUAAGUACUGUGUUAUCACCCUUGAUCAACUGGAAAAAUCUUGUUUACACUCAGCCAGUUGCUAAAAUUAUGGUCAUGAGAUAGAAAGGCCUAUUAAUUUCCUGCAUUUUCUGAUAAUUUCAGCUAAUGUUAUGGCCCUUGAUCACAUUAUAAGAUAUUAUGGACUCUAAAUUUAAAUGCAGUGUUUAAAGUCACGAGACAAAGAAGACUAUUGAUGAUUACUGCUAGAAUGUCUGAUAUUGAUUUAAUAAAUUUCUAUGACUAAGACAGUGUUAAUGUGAUGAUACCAAAUUAAAUCUUUAUUACUAAUAUAGAAAUGAAAUGGGGUUAACGUCCUACUGUUCUGCUAUGACUGGGCUAAUGAAGACGGGCAUACGCCAUACAGUGUGCUAUGAGGGAAAUUUUGCCCGGACAACGGUGCUAUGGCCUACUCUAUAUCAAAUUCCAACUGCCAAGGGAUCUUUUACGUGUACAUCAUUGUGUACAUGGGACCUCGUUUUUUUUUGGGGGGGGGGGUUUGGUCCCAUCCAAACGACUAGACAGCUGUUCUUGUCAGGCCCUCAGUCCUGCACCACUGACAAGGGGAAACCACGCCAAAAAAUCAUGAACUUUCACGUCCUGCAACCUCCAGGUUAGCGAGCCACCGUGGCUCCCUAUUACUAAUAUAGUGGACAAGUAUAACUAAUAAUUAUUUCUUGUUAAAUCCUUAUUUGUUAUUAAAUUCCAAUGUCUAAGAGUGUCUAUAUCUGAUAUCGGUUUGUAUUAAAUGUCAAUUAAAUAAGAAUAUCUACCAGUAUAUCUGAUUUAGGUUUGUUAUUAAAUGUCAAUUACAUAAGUGUGUCUAUAUAUGGUUUUGUUAUUAAAUGUCAAUUACAUAAGAGUGUCUAUAUCUUAUAUGGUUUUGUUUGUUUGUAAAUAUCAGUAAGAGUGCCUAUGGGCUUACAAUGUCCAUUUCAAUAUCCCAUUUAAUUCUAGAAUACAUGACAAACCAUUACAAUAUUUCUAAUAUGGAUUUACUCUGAUAAUUGGUAUCCGGUGUUGUCUUAAAAAAAAUUUGCCAUUUUUGAAUAAUAAAAAUCAAAAAAAUUAAUUAUCUAGAUUAUCAAAAAUGAGAUAUUUAAGGGCAAGGUAAAGUGACACCAUCUUGUUGCGUAGUAGUCUCAACACCAACAAGGCUGACAAUAUUAUUUCCCAACACAGAAUAGUGGCCUUUAGAUACCAACGUCCAAAAUGAACUCUAUUACUAUUACUCACAAUACACUAUUUCACUGUCAAUACCCCUUUAAUUCGUACAUUCGCAUGUUAUCACGUAAACAAAAAUUUCAGUUUUAUCACUUUCUUGCCCAAUCGCGGUUACACCUACAGACAAAACGAUAAAACUUGGGGACAGCUAUUAUCUUUCUAUUUAUACUCUGAUCUAUUUUCUUGUACUGUGAGAUUUCCACGUCUUGCUACCACGAGUUUGGAAUUCGCCAAUUUUCUUUUUCAAUCUUGAAAAUGACCCUUCAUAUCUUUAGAGUGAUGCGAAUAAUCGUUAAACUGACAACGCUUAACGGAACAUUGUAUAGUUAUGCAAAGGUUUCAUUUACAUCACCAUACAUACAAUUAUGUCGUAUUCCCUUUAGUAAUAACACAUUUUGCCGUUGUAUAAAUGUAAACAAUGUUUCGUAGGUAGCAUUUCGUGUCCGAAUAUCUGGUAUGUACCUGACCUUAUGCUAAUAUCAAUGAGCAAAGUGUUAAUUUUAAAUACAAAUUUUUAAUUUUUUAAUCUAAACAACAUCGGAAUACGAUUAAUUUAUAUCAAAAUACAAUUGAAGUGUCAUUUACGGGAUUUGAUAAUAUUAAAAAAAUAAGUCAUGCAUGAACUCAUUGAUGCGAGCAACACUUCCUUUGAGCGGUAAUUCGACACAGAAAGGUACUAAAUGUCUUGUGAAUGAAUUUUGAGGACCCCCCAUUUCAGGUGUUGUGACAAUAUUUGUCACUUUACCUUGCCCUUAAGGUAUACUUAAACAAUAUAUAUACUUAUUAUAGGUUAAUAUUUGUAUCAUGUAUAUUUGAAUGUGAUAUUGCUUCUUAUUAAUGCCACACAUAUAUUUUUCAUAACUAAAUUAUUAUUACUUAAUAUGUAAUAAAAUACAUUUACUACUUAAGCAGAGAAA